CUUCAUGCCACAUCUACGGUAACUCCACAAAAUACGAGUCGAUCAUGGCGGAACCUGAAGUUGCAACAAAGGCUCCUGAGAGCGAUGCUACAGCGGCAAGUACAGUUGCUGGAGAUACACCAGUCCAAACCGGUGCAGGCCUUGGCGAGCAUUGUGUGACUGAUAGACCGACCCCUCUUGGAAGUGGGCCUUCUGGAGAGUUGACGCAACUGGGAGGCAUCGAUUGCUAUGUCUCGAAGCCCAAAGACUAUCCUCACUCGCCAUCGAAGCUCCUCCUAUUUCUUAGUAGCGCCACUGGCCUUCACUCGGUGAACAACCAAAUUCAAGCCGACAAAUAUGCUAAGGAGGGGUUUCUAGUUGUCUUGCCAGACAUGUUCUCGAAUGAUCCUCUCCCUGGCUCCGUGACAUAUAAAGAAGAGAAAGAUUUAUCUAUCAUUGAACAAAUUAAGAUGCGCGCGGCUGAUUUUACAAAAUCCUUCUUAAUCGAUAUGUGGUUAGCACGACAGACACCAGAGAAGGUCCUUCCCAUCAUUCAUAAGGUUAUCGAAGCUGUGAAAGAUGACUUUGCGGAUGCCGUUGCAAAUGGUGGGGGGAUAUACUCUGUGGGCUACUGUUUUGGGGGAAGAAUGACUCUGCUUCUUGCCGGGGAGAAGUCUGACACCGUUGGGCGGCGUCAGCCAGUAAAGGAUGAAGAAGCUGGUACGGUUAAGAAAGGACCCUAUAUUAAGACGGGUGCAAUUGCCCACGCAACUUUAGUUGCAAAGGAGGACUUUGAAGGAACUAAAUCGCCACUGGCUUUUGUCUGCGUGGAGAACGACCAGCUUUUCGAUGAUGAGGUCAAGGAAUAUGGCGAGAACUACCUGAAGGAGAACAACAUCGAGAAUGAAUUCAAGACGUACUCAGGAGUUCCACAUGGGUUUGGUGUGGUUGGAGAGUAUGAAGAUGAGAAUAUUAAGCAGGCUCAAGUACAAGCGUUUGAUCAGAUGUUGGCGUGGCUGAAAUCGCAUUGAAUAAUGAUUCCCCUUAGGCGUUAAGCAUCACCUU